GCUCUUCCCUUUUAAUAGUAGAGAGGCAGAGAUACAGAGCAACAGCGAGAGGCAGAGAGAGAGAGCAGGGACUGCCUGGUGACUGCCUUAUGAGAGUGAAAGAGGGAGAGAGGGCAAGCACAGAGGGAGGGAGAGAGAGCGAGGACUGCCUGGAGACUGGCUUGGGAGAGCAACAGAGUGAGAGGGAGAGAGAGCGAUAGAGGGAGAGAGGGAGAGAGAGAGAGAAGGGAAUGAAGCAGAGGUUUGCCGCUCCCUCCGUUCUGCUCAGACACAGGCAGCGCAGCACGGAGCAGGGAAUGAAGACAAACAUCCGUGUGCUCCCCUCCUCCACCUUCUCUUCCUCCGCCAACGCUCCUCGCAGGCAGUCCGACCGGUCGCUGGCUGCUGCCUCUGCAUUCGCAUGCCAAGCGUGUCAGCUGGGUGGCUUGGAGCCGGGGCUCAGCCUGUCUCUCAGACGCCUUUCACCGGCUUGCUAAUCGCCCGACGCACUCCGAGGACCCGGAAACCAAAGGAAGCCUGCCUGGCCGAUGGAGGUGUCGUUGUGAGUUUCCUUCUGUGUCCCUGCGAUUUCAGUGGGAAUAUCUGUGUUUUUAGGGCUUUUUUGUGUGUUUUUUUUUUUUCUUGGUCCCGUCUUUCGUCAACCCCCCACCCCCCCAUCUCCUACCCUCGGGGUGCGUGCUCCAUCACAGACCGCCCGACGUGGGCAUACAGCCACGACCGUGAGUGAUACCCAUCCGUCUCUCCGUCACUGCCGUGUCUGCAAGCGUGCAUUUGUUUUUUUCCCCUCCACAUCAGAAUGGCUUUGCCACUUUUUCAAAAUCCCCGGCUGCAAUUUGCUGUCUGAUCAGCUGUGCCCGUUUGGGUUGGCUGCUCCUUCUGGGUUUCACUGUUUUGCUGGUGGUAUUCUCCUCCUCACUGUUUGAGUGGGCUUAAAUUGGUGAUUUUUUGGCUGUUUUUCCCCUCCUGCAUGGACUACACAGAUGAUUGAACAAUAGAAGAAGCAGAGAGGAGAGGGAAGAAGAAUGCUGUAAAUGGGAAAGGAGGAAACAACCAAGAGGAACUCUGUGAAGGACGAGAGGCACCUACAUAACGCCGCCCCUCUCCCCUCUACAACUGUCCCGGGGGGGGGGGUAUGCACCAUCAGGCGGAAUGUUGAUGGAGUAACUGAAAGAAAGUCCAAUGUUUUUUAUCCUAAACCAUGUUUAAGUGCGGAGCCUGCCUUUUUUGGGCUUCGGAGUAGACAAGAGUGAUGCUGUCGCGGAGGGAGAGGUGCGACCUAAGCCCCCUGGAGUGGGCGAGAGCAGAAUGAAACGCAGGGAGGAGCGUGUGGCGGCAUCCUGAGGUGGCCACACUUGCUGAGCCAUUUAGGAAGCCAGAGAAAGAGAGGGAGGGAAAGAGGGCAUGCAAUAAGGAGAGGGGCAGUCUUGUCACCCGACUGCUCCGUUUGCCCUCCUCCUCGUUUUGGCUAGAAAACAACACAGUCCCGCUUCACCUGUUCAACCUGGCUGUGAACUUUGACCACUGAGGGAGAGAAACAAGGGGACCCUCUGUGGCCUUGUUAAGAGAGUCUCCCGGUCAUCGCCUAAUCAGCCCAGGCAUCAGGCCAUCCUCGCGCUGGGGCAGAGGAUUCCGGCUCUGUGUGGCUAUGCACACCGCUGUGCUGUCCCGCUGUGACCGGUUGCAGCCCGUCUGCUGAAGCCUGCCCCAAUGUCGCGAGCCGGAGCACUGCAGCGCCGUACCACCUACCUCAUCUCCCUCACCCUCGUCAAGGUCGAGGCCCUGGGGGCCUCAGAGGAGGGGGAGUUGCCUUCUCCCACACAAUGGAAGGAAGAGGAUGAUGAGGCAAUGACAGGAGGAAAGGAGAGCUCUGCCAGGCCCCGGGAAGAGAGGGUUAAACCGCAGAGGAGAGGGCGUCGGCCACCCAGCCCUGCUAAGGACGGGGCACCCAUCGAGGAUGGGGAAGGGGAGAGGGCACUCCCUGUGGCCCAGGUGGAGGGUGUGAGCUGCAAUUUGGUUGAGGGCAGAGGAGGUGGAAUAGAGGAAGGGGUGCAGAGGGAGGACACCCCAAGACCAAAGCCCGUCAUUGGGACCUUACAGUCCUGUGCGUCCAUGGGCGUGGCUCAGCCAGGCCACACCCCUAAUAAUGAUGUUCCCCUCCGGAUUAGCCAACACCCAGGGGCUCUGGUGAAGGCCCACGGUGGCACAAUGAGUUGCCAUGACCUGAAGGAGGUGAAGGAGGCCAUCCCUGCCUCUGCCAAGAGCCUGGACCACAAGGACGGGGGCCGGCCGUUGGGGUCAGCGGAGCCAGGGCCCAGCCCGGCCUUCUGGGCUGACAGUGAGGGGACAGCCAAACUACAGUGCAGGGGUGGGGCUAUGGGGUCUGGGCAGUUCAGUCCCAGGGCAGAGAGGUUAAAGAUGGGGUCUGCCUCUCUCCCUGCCCCCGUCAGUGUCAUCCCCAAGCCCCCACGCAAAGGCAAGAGCCGGACCCUGGACAACAGUGACCUGCACACUCUGUCUGAGGACCUGCGCUGGGGCAGGGAGGGGCACACUGCUGCCCCUCCCCAGGCCCAGUCCCAGCGUGGCUCCGCCCGCGACCGCAAGAUGCUGAAGUUCAUCAGCGGGAUUUUCACCAAGAGCACUCCGGUCCCUGUGGUCAGUGCGGCCACCUCCCCGCCACUCUACACCUCUGUGCAGAGGGAGUCCAGUGACGAGGAAGCGGCCUGUGCCAACAGCCAGGAAUGGACCAUGAGCCGCUCAAUCCCAGAGCUUCGGCUGGGAGUGCUGGGAAGUCUUCGGAGUGCCAAAUCUGCCCUCAUCAAUAGGUACAUGACGGGCAGUUACCUUCCCCUGGAGUCUCAGGAAGAGGCAAGGUAUAAGAAGGAGGUGCUGGUUGAUGGACAGAGUCACCUUCUGCUAAUCAGGGAGGAAACUGGGCCUCCAGAUGCGCAGUUCAGUGCCUGGGUGGAUGCAGUUAUCCUGGUGUUCAGUUUGGAGAACGAGUCCAGUUUCCAGGAGGUGUACAAGAACUAUAGUCAGCUGACCGCACACCGCAACACCGCUGAUGUCCCAUUAAUCGUGGUGGGAACACAGGACAAGAUCACCAGCACAAAUCCGCGGGUGAUCGAGGACGCUCGGGCUCGGCAGCUGUGCUCCGACGUGCGCCGUUGCACCUACUAUGAGACCUGUGCCACCUACGGGCUCAACGUCAACCGUGUCUUCACCGAGGCUACACAGAAGAUAGUAGCUGUGAAGAAGCAAGCUGCUCUGCUGGCCUCCUGCAAAUCCCUGCCCAACUCCCCCAGUCACUCAGGGGGGUUGACCCCCAUUUCAGGAGCUUUUCCUGGACAGACCAGCAAUGGAGGCCAGAGCAGUGACUAUUCCUCCUCUCUGCCCUCCACCCCUGUGGUCAGCCACAAGGAGCUGCGAGGGGUUGUAGCGGGAGAUGGAGGGGGGAGUGCCAUCCCUGGGCCCCAGCGUGGCACCCUCCGGCGAAAGACAUCCCGCUUUCCGAACCGGAGAGGCAGUGACUCGGAGAAGAGGAGUGCUGACGGUAAAGGUGACUUGGGCAGUGGAAGGGCAAUCCCCAUCAAACAGAGCAUCCUGUUGAAGCGCAGUGGGAACUCACUGAACAAAGAGUGGAAGAAGAAGUACGUCACACUGUCCAACAACGGGGUGCUGUCAUACCAUUCGAGCGCCAAUGAUUACAUGCUGAAUGCCCACGGGAAGGAAAUGGACCUGCGGCGAGUGACAGUGAAAGUGCCGGGGAAGCACCCGCCUCGCGCUAUUAUUUCCUGUGGCUCUGCCCCCGGCAUCAAUGGACUGGUGAAGGACGUGUCCGGCCCUGACGGAGGCACAGCUGCAGCUCCCCCAUUUCCCAGCAGUCUGCUGCCGUUGGAGGAGGUGGGCGGGGCAGGUGUGUCACCGCGAGGGGACAGAGGAGUGCAGCGCUGUCCCUCCUCGCUUUCCAGCAAGGGGCAGAGCAUCGACUCCUCCACAGAAGGCAUGCACAGCCUGCCUGCUGCGAAAGACCCCCCACCCUCCUCCCCAAUGAUCGACCGAAAGAAACACAGGAGGAAGAAGAGUAUGAACCAGAAGGGUGACGCAGCCAUUGGACAAGCUGAGGCCAAGCGCAAAAUGUGGAAACUAAAAAGCUUCGGUAGUUUGAGAAACAUUUACAAGACAGAUGAGGAGAAUUUCGACUUCAUGGUGGUGUCCAGCACAGGGCAGACCUGGCACUUUGAGGCCCAGAGUUUGGAGGAGCGGGACGUCUGGGUCCAGGCCAUUGAAAGGCAGAUUCUGGCCAGUCUGCAGUCCUGCGAGAGCAGCAAGAACAAGGCACGGAGGAACAGCCAAAGUGAGGCUGUGGCGCUGCAGGCCAUUCGCAAUGCCAAGGGUAACAGUCUCUGUGUGGACUGUGAAGCACCCAACCCUACCUGGGCCAGCCUCAACCUGGGUGCGUUGAUCUGCAUUGAGUGCUCGGGCAUCCACCGCAACCUGGGGACGCACCUGUCGCGCGUGCGAUCGCUUGACCUGGAUGACUGGCCACGGGAGCUGACGCUGGUCCUCACCGCCAUUGGCAACCACAUGGCCAACAGCAUCUGGGAGAACCGCACCCUAGGCCGCCAAAAGCCCACGCCCGACGCCACACGGGAGGAGCGGGAGUCGUGGAUCCGGGCAAAGUACGAACAGCGGGCGUUUGUGGCGCCCCUGCCCGCUGCGGGUGAGGGCACAGACACCACCAUGUCGGUGCGGCUGCUCUCUGCUGUCACCCAGAGGGACCUCCCGAGGCUACUCCUGCUGCUUGCCCACAGCACCAAGGAUGAGAUCAACGUCCCGCCAGUGGUCCCACCCAAUGGCGCCGCCCAGCAGCCUCACUAUGCUCUGCACGCCGCCUGCCAGCUUGCUGACGUUGCCAUGACCCAGCUGCUUGUCUGGUACGGCAGUGAUGUGACUGCGCGGGAUGCUCAGGGCCAGACUGCCUUGGUGCUGGCCCGCCGUGCGAGGAGCCAGGAGUGCGUCGACAUCCUGCUGCAGCACGGCUGCCCUAACGAAGCCCCGCCGACUGCCCUCACACCCGCCCUCUCCCGCAAGAGCAACAUCACCAGCCUCAGCCGUACCAGCUCCAAGAGAGGGGUGUCCUAACCCUCCCCCCCGCAGGGCCAGCAGAGGAUGGGGUGGGGGAUGAACACUCCUCUGCACGGACAAACACCCACCUGGCCAGGAGGGAGAUGGAUUUACAAUGUUCUCACCAGAGGUGCACUGUGCUCAAGGAUGUUUAUCUGCAUCUGUGUGUGUGUGUGUGUGUGUGUGUGUGUGCAUGAAUGUGAAAAAAACACUGUCAUCCCAGUAGGUUCAGGGCACUGCAUUCCAAGGGUGAUAACCCCAGAGUUGUUGUGACGGGGAGAGAAAGACAAAGCUUCAUACAACCAACUGGAAAAACACGAUAAAAAAUAGGACUCACUGCUGUAAACCCUGUCCUUGUGUAAACGACAUAGAAGCAUUGUGCUGUGCAAUGAAGAAGCAAUACAUUUUUGUCACUGAUGUGCAUGCGUCACCUUGCCUGCAACCACACUGUGUUCGAGACACAGAAGAGAGCAGAAGCCGUACAGACAUGCAGUGUGCCAUGCAGUGUGCAGCAGAGGUGCCUCACUGGGUGGCUACCAACACUGUGACUGUGACUGGGAGAGAGUGACCAGGGCCCUGGUUUCCGAGUGUUGGCACUUAGAGAGAGAAAGAGAGUAAGCUGGAUAUGUGAAGCUUCUAACAUCUGUUGUGGACUUUGUUUUCAGACCUCUUCCUGAAAGGAGGUUUUGUUUGACUGUCAGGUUUUCUGCAGGAGCUUCGGAACCUGCAGAGGAGAAAGUGUUAAACUUCAGAGGACUGGAGGACUAUGUGUGUGUAUGUACGUAUGUGUGUAUAUGUGUAUUUUUAAAUGCG